GACCCGACUACCACUCUAAAAAAAAUCAAAGUUGCCACUGUUUGGUCAAGUCGUCUACGAGAACAAAGGUGCUGUUCUAUCUAUGUUUGCGGAUCUGCUCAAGACAACAUCAAUCGAAUCCUUGCACUUGACAGACUCCCAGAGCCUACCUCACUGGUUCCCUUUCUGCACUCGGCGAUUUGCCAUCUCUAACCGAGUUCCGCGUCACGCAUCAUCUCAUAUCAGAGCGCUUAAACAACGCGGGCUGUGUGCAACUUUUGCGUAAAAGCACUAGUAUCAAGCUUGUUGAGAUACUUCGACCAUCA